AUGGAUGUGCCUACGCCUCCCAACCGUGCUGGCUGCAACAGUAACAUCAGCGACAUCGGCAGCCCCAUGCAAUCUUUUGAUGAUCCCUUUGGUGUUGCUGCCAUGACGAGCUUUGAUGGAUACUCGGAGCUCUGCAGCCCAUCAGUUGCUGAUCAAAUAUUCUCGCUGCUGAAUGACCCCUCGGCUGUGCAACAGAUGUUUGCCAUGUGGCCAUCCUUGGGAUCAUCUCCGCGUGCUUCUGCUGCGAGAGAAGACAUGUCGUUUGACACCUAUCCUGGACCCGUGGACGCGACAGCAUCACAUGCUCAAAGGAUGAACUCAGCAUCAGCAUUGAAUCCAACUGGAGUGGACAGAGGGCUAAAAGACUCAGAUGGGCUUGUUCCAAAUAAUGGUUCACAGCAAGGGAGUAGCAUCAUUCCGAGGUCUGUUGGCAACAUUCUUGCAAACAGGAUGCUCAUGGCACUAUCUUUGUUCAGGAAGUCAUUGAGCGAUGGUGUUCUUGCCCAAGUCUGGAUGCCUGUUGAGCACAAUGGUCGUGUCGUGUUGAGUACAUCCGAGCAGCCCUAUUUACUUGACCAGGAUCUUGCAGGUUACAGAGAAGUUUCUAGAAAUUUCGUGUUUUCAGUUAAGGAGGAGCCUGGUCUGCACCUAGGGCUUCCAGGGAGGGUCUUCAUAUCCGGGGUGCCAGAGUGGACCUCAAGUGUUAUGUAUUACAGUAAGCCAGAGUAUUUGAGAAUGGAGCAUGCUCUUAUUCAUGAAAUACGAGGGUCACUUGCUAUGCCAGUUUAUGAUCCCAGCAAGGGCUCUUGUUGCGCAGUUCUUGAACUUGUCACAAACAAGGAAAAACCUGAUUUUGAUGCAGAGAUGGACAUUGUUUACUCUGAAAAUCAGAAAUCUUCUUUUACGGAGAUUUUGGAUGUUCUAAGAGCUAUUUGUCAUGCGCAUAUGCUUCCUUUGGCCCUUACAUGGGUCCCUACAUCAAAUGGCAUCACUGGUGGUUUUUGUGUUGGAAAGAAUAUCAGGGUUGAUUCGCAACCAGGAAAAGCAGUACUUCGUAUCCAUGAAUCAGCUUGUUAUGUUAACGAUGCAAAGAUGCAGGGGUUUCUUCAUGCAUGUGCUGAACGUCAUCUUGAGAAAGGGCAGGGUAUUGCAGGCCGAGCCCUUAAAUCCAAUCUUCCAUUCUUUUCGCCUGAUAUAAGAGAGUACAGUAUCGAAGACUACCCGCUUGCACACCAUGCUCGUAAGUUUGGUCUGCAUGCUGCUGUAGCCAUCCGGCUGAGGAGUACGUACACUGGUAACAAUGACUACAUACUAGAAUUCUUUCUCCCAGUCAACUGCAAGGGCUGUGGAGAGCAGCAGAUGUUAUUAAACAACCUUUCCAGCACAAUGCAAAGAAUAUGCAAAAGCUUGCAAACAGUUUCUGAAACAGAGAUCGAAAAUGUUAGUGCUACUGCACCAAUGUGUGAGAAGACUAAUGGAAGUUGUUUACCAACUGGUAACUCUGAAAGUUCCUCACAUGAUGACCAGCCAAUCACAGAAUCUGCAUUCCAGGAUCUAUCUUUGGGUGACAAACAAGGAGACAGAGAACCUGACAAGGCACGGAGUAGCUCAAUGCGAGUUGCAGAGAAAAAACGCAGUACAUCUGAAAAGAAUUUUAGUCUGGAUGUUCUUCGCAAAUACUUUUCUGGGAGCCUCAGGAAUGCUGCAAUGAGCCUUGGUGUUUGUCCAACGACUUUGAAACGAAUAUGCAGACAACAUGGAAUUUCCCGAUGGCCAUCUCGAAAGAUAAACAAGGUCAAUCGUUCAUUGAAGAAGAUUGAGAAGGUCAUUAAAUCAGUUUAUGGUGUGGAUAGAUCCUUGCAGUCCGAUCCUGCUACUGGGUCUCUUGUUCCAGCAACCUCUCUUCCGGAUAAGAUGCCAUUCUCUGCUUGUGAUACAUUGCCUACCUCAUCUGUUGGGAAAACAGUUGAGGAAAAAUCUAGCCCAAAAUCAGAACAAGAUUUCUCUUCACCUGAUGGAUGGCAAAGAGAAACUAGCCAAUUUUAUGUCUCCAGUAUACCUAAAAGGGAAGGUGACGAAGUUCAAAUGCUGGCAAACAACAACAAAGGCAGCAGAAACUAUGCUUCUUGUAUUGCAAAUAUCACACUGCAUUCAAACUCUGAAGACACACAAGGUCCUUCAUAUCCCAUUGGUGCUGUUAAUUCUGUGCAUACUCGAGAAACAGGCUACAUCAAUUCUCCAGCCUCCCUCCACCCAAGAAUGGAUAGCAUUGAAGGCCAAACAAUGGGAUUGAACUCGCCAUUUGUACAACAAGCAGAUGUCACUAUGGUCGAUGGUCAUGACACCAAGGAGCAGACCCACCCUUCCACCUCUGGCACGACUGAUUCUUCGAGUGGCAGCGCCUCAAGCCAGCCUACUUUCAAGGGGAACCCAGGACACACCCUCAAAGAUAGAAGCAGCCCCGCACUGACCGUGAAAGCUACCUACAACGGCGACACUGUGCGGUUCAAGUUUCUGCCAGCAAUGGGCUGGUACCACUUACUGGAAGAGAUAGCAAAGAGGUUUAAGCUGACGACAGGAGCAUUCCAGCUCAAAUACAAGGAUGACGAGGACGAGUGGGUGAUCCUGGCGAACGACGCCGACCUCCAGGAGUGCAUGGACGUCCUGGACUCGAUCAGCUCACGCAACAUGAAGCUGCAGGUUGCUUUCCAGAAUUCCAGGCCAGCACAAGUCGUGGGGCAGCCUGGGCGUGCCGCUGAAGGCGUGGAGCAGCUCGCUGUAUUGGACCGGUUAGCCCAGGGAACGGUAGUGGAUGCUGGGCCUAUAGUUCGCAAUUGGGCGGCCACCGCUUGGCAGACAGCCCUGACCCCUCUACCCGAGCGCUUCGCCUACCAGUACGGCCGCCGGUACCACGAGGCGGCGCGACAUGGCGAUUGGGCUACAGAGAUAGCGAGCUCGAUUGCUCGGACCUACUACGCGUUCGGGUUGCCCCCAGCUGCCUGCCUGCCCCAUGUCCGUGUGCCGAAGCAAUUGCAUCUAGAGUCUAGACCAUGGCAGUACCGGUACGAGGCGACUUCAAGUGCGUGGAAUCAGAUGAGCUCCAACCUCCAACGAGCCAAAGACCAGCCAAAUCCAACUGCCGGGCUGUCUGUCCAGCCUGCAGAGAAUAUCACCGGAUGA